AUGGCGAACCCUCUCAAAGCUCUCAAGCAGAAGCUGCACUCGCCCGAUAGCACGGGUCCACACCACCGCCACGGCAGCGGCGAUCUAGGGCAGCCACACAAUGCUCACUCACCGCAUCGGCGAAGCCUGGCUCAGAUUCUCCGUCUGGACAACAGCUACACCUCGAGCGAUGACGAGCCUGACACGGAUGACUUCGAUAGCGACGGAGUGUCGAAGAACCAGCAGAAACGGCUGGCCACAAAGGCGAAGAAGAAGGAGGCUCGCUCACGGCUGUCACUCGAGCACCGCGAUGAUUCCGAGGAACGCAGCAGGAAGAGGCUUGAGGAGGCCGCGCAGGCCGAGACUGAAGGAAUGAGAGCCAGAUAUGGCGAUCUGCCGGUCAUGCAGUCUACGACCAGAGGCACCCAGAACAGGAUCGAUAUCAGCACCAUCACCGACGAGAUGGUCGGAACCGAGGUCAUGUUCCGGUGCAGACUGUACCACGUUCGCAACAUGGGCGUCAAGCUGGUCUUUCUGAUCUUCCGACAGAAGUUGUCUACGAUUCAAGGCGUCAUGGUUGAGACGCCAGGCACCAUCGGGCCUCUGAUGAUGCAUUGGGCAGAGCACUUGAGGACUGGCAGCAUUGUGCUGGUCACUGGUACUCUGAAGAAGCCGGAGAUUCCGGUCAAGUCGGCGUCUAUUCACAAUAUGGAGGUUCAUGUCUCCCAACUCAAGGUCAUUGUCAAGCGACAGGAACCUGUGCCUUUCUCCGUGCAGGAAGCUGAGAUGGUUGCUUUGGACUCCCACCAGGAAGAAGGCAGACAGAGUCAAAUCCCCAAUCGCACUCGCCUGUCCAACCGUAUCAUUGAUCUACGCACGACUACCUCGCAAUCAAUCUUCCGCAUCCAGUCUGUCAUCGGCAACCUCUUCAGGUCGACCCUCGACGCUCAAGGCUUCGUUGAAAUCCACAGUCCUAAGCUCCAAGGAGCUGCCACUGAAUCUGGCGCCUCCGUGUUCAAAGUCGACUACUUCGGUCGCAAAGCUUUCCUUGCCCAAUCUCCUCAGCUAGCCAAGCAAAUGGCCAUUGCCUCAGACUUCGAACGAGUCUAUGAGAUUGGUGCUGUGUUCCGAGCCGAGAAUUCCAACACUCAUCGUCAUUUGACGGAGUUCACUGGUCUGGAUCUGGAGAUGGCUAUCGAGGAGCAUUACCACGAGAUGCUGGACGUGAUUGACAACACGCUGAAAGCUAUCUUCCAGGGUAUCUACAAGACGUGCCGAAGAGAAGUCGAUGUUAUCAAGGAGCAGUUUCCAUCUGACGACCUUGUGUGGCUUGAGAAGACACCCGUCAUCCCUUUCAAGGAUGCAGUUCAGAUGCUCACAGACUCUGGCUGGCUGAACGAAGAAGGCGAGCCAGUCUCACCACUCGAGGACUUGGGAACUCGAGACGAAAUUCGUGUUGGUGAGCUCGUUAAAGAGAAGUACGGUACCGACUACUACGUCUUGGACAAAUUCCCUCGUUCAGCUCGUCCGUUCUACACUAUGCCUGACAUCGAUGACCCAAGAUACACCAACUCGUUCGACAUUUUCGUUCGCGGCCAGGAGAUCAUCUCUGGCUCGCAGCGUAUACACGAUGCUCCCAUGCUCGAGGACAACAUGCGCUUGGUGGGUAUUGACCCUGAGGACAUGGCCGAGUACAUGGAGGGCUUCCGAUGGGGCACCCCUCCUCACGGUGGUUGCGGCGUUGGCUUAGAGCGCAUCCUCUUCUUGCUGCUCAAGCUUGGCAACAUUCGCCUGGCCUCCAUGUUCCACAGAGAUCCUAAAUCGUUCCCACCAAAAGCAGUCAUUGAACGCCUGCCAUACCCAGACGCCGACACACUCAAUCCUGUCUGGAAACGUGAGCGCGGGCGGGAGGUCGCUGUUGAGGACCGCCAGAUGCCUUCUGUUGAAGAUCUCAUCGCCAAUUACGGUGAUUCCACACACACCUCCUGGGGUGAUGAGCGCUUCAAGGUUUGGCGCCAUGCCGAUACAGAGUCGCAAUACUACCGUGUCAUUGUAUCUUUCCUGCAGUGGCUCAAGAAAGAAACUCAUCUCAAGCCGAUUUGGAUCCUCAUUAACACUGCCACCGAGGAAGUACUCGGCGAGCGCCUUGGCUGGAAGUCCAUCUCCUGCGUUGCUGAAGAGCGUGUUGAUCCGACAAAGCACUCCGCAGAAUCCGAUCCGGAGGUUGCGAAGAAGAUCCGACAAGCAUCGAACAACGGCAUCAAGAUCACUGACAUUGACUCCAAGGAGCCAGUACCUGAGGCCACCAAGGAGAAGUGCAAUGCUCGUGUCAAGGACUGGUUGGCGAACCGAAAGGGAACCCAGAUUCACUUGUCCAACAUUGAUCUGUUCCGUGACGAGACGCACAGACGCUACUUCAUCGCUGAGGACAAGGAAGGCACAGUUUGUGGUAUUGCUGUACUGGCACAGAUAGCGCCUCAGCGAGGCUGGCAAGCCAAAUACUGUCUAGAUUUCCCUGGCGCCCCGUCAGGCACCAUCGAGCUCGUUACCACCCAUGCCCUGCGUGCGGCAGAAACUCUAGGCGCUCAUUCGGUCACAUUCGGCGGUGGUGCGGCUCCCCAUGUCACACCCGGUCACCAUAUGUCCGGCACAAAGAUGAAGUUGCUAGGCUCAACCUACGAUGCGAUUGUGAAGCAAUUCAAUUUGGGAAGGAAGAGCGAGUUCAGAGAGAAGAUGGGCGCGACGCCAGAUCCGCAGUUCAUUGCAUGGCCACCUCAUGGUUUAGGUCGUAAGGGGAUCUCAGCCAACUCGACGACGGAGAAGCUGCUGCGCGCCAAUUACCGAAGAACGUCUAAACUGUCCUUGACUUUCUCACGGCUGUCCUGGCCACCGAUCAAGGAGGAAUCAGAGACACUGGAGGAGGAGCCUGAAACGAAGCAGAGGAACAAUGAUAGCGGCAAAAUCUCGUGCACUACCACGACCGCCACGACGACUACUACGGCUACUGAAACGACCGUGCCUUCGCGAGCUUCGACGGUUGCUAUUGGAAACCCAAGCGGCAGCAAGCAGGAUAGAAUGCCAAAUUUCAGAGCUGACGAAGCCCGCCCUGGCAAACGUUGCCCCGACUCGGAGCCAGCAAGCAAAGACGGUAGUGACGAUGACAGCGCUGCUGGCGUGGGCCUUUGUCGGAAGCCGCGAGGCUUCCUUGGCUCGUUGGGCUCUGGCUGCUUCUGA